GACAAUGUUUACCAAUAGCUCAGUUCCCCGACGCUCGUCUCCCCCAAAACUCGUCCGUCCAAACCGCAGUCUUAACCGCAACCGGCUCGCGAUCGUUUCAGUGCUCCGAUCUCACGGGUUCCAUUAGAUAACGAUGACUGGAAUUCACCUACCUCCCACGGUUCUCAUCACAUAAGAUGACAGCGUCUCCUCAUCAGUUAACCAGUCACAAUGAUGCCUCGCGCUAGUUUGGAUUUUCGACAAACCUUGAUUCCAAGUACUAGUAAAAAUCUACCCAACUGUGGCACUUAGCAAUCAAGUCAGUUUACAGUACGUCAAUCAGAAAACCAGUGUAACCUCUUCGAUCACUUAGUAUAAUAAAAAAAGCGUGGUAUCUAUCUUUUAUGUGCCAAAACCCGAGCAUCAACAAAUGUCCUUUCAAUACAAACCAACCAAAGGUGGCAUCUAGUGAUCCGUUUCGGCUAAUAUUCAAUUUAAUUGAGUGAAUCAGUGUUCCAAUCAGUGAUUGUGAAUAUUGCGUCCGUGGAUUGAUUGUAAUCGUGUGUUUUGACCAUGGAGGAUCCGGUGGAAAAACUGAUCGGAGAGUUUGGGCCGUGGCAGGCAAGGCUGGGUCUGCUGAUGGCUCUGCUGAAACUGCCAAUAUGCUGGUUUCAGCUCAACAUCAUCUUCAUAGCGCCAACUACACCUUUCUGGUGCAUCGAAGUCUCGCCUAACACCGGCACACAGGAAUACAGAAAUGAAACGUGUUGGCAUAGUACUGGCAAAGGUGCCACCCAAGUCAAAUGCAACCAGUGGGAGUAUGACAGGACGAUCUCGAGAAACACUAUCAUAUCUCAGUGGGAUUUGGUCUGUGAUCGAGCGGCAUGGGUCAGCAUCACUCAAAUGACGUUUAUGCUGGGUGUGCUCUUGGGUAACAUCAUCUUCGGCGUAGCCGCUGAUAGAGUUGGUAGAAAAUACCCUUUGCUACUUGCAAUCGCUAUGCAGGCUGUCUGUGGAUGCGCUUUGACCUUUGUGCCAUGGUUUGAACUAUUCCUCCUGUUCCGGUUCAUUUUGGCUCUAGCAACUGGUGGUACCAUGGUCAUAAGUUUUGUACUGUGUAUGGAAGUGGUAGGCGGAAAAUGGCGGACGACAGUUCCGAUCCUGUAUCAGAUCCCGUUCGGCCUGGGACAUUGCUUCAUGGCGGGCUUCGCCUUCUUCCUGCGGGACUGGCGGCAGUUCCAGUUCGCUUUGGCGCUCAUCUCCUCCUUCUACCUCGGCUACAUCUGGGUCCUCUCUGAGUCGCCUCGCUGGCUCCUCGCCGUCGGCCGCCAGGAGGAGGCCAUCGCCGUCCUCGAGAAGGCCGCCCUCCUCAAUGGCCGCAACACGGCUAUCAUCGCUAAGACGAUACAGCAACACUAUCCUAGUUCUAUAAUUAAAUCUACAUCUGAGAGUAAUAAUGAGACUGGACCUAAAAAAGCAACAAUGGCUGAUGUAAUGAGAUCACCUACCUUACGAACACACUGUAUAUUAGUUUGGUUUGGCUGGUUUGCCUGUGGUCUCAGCUUUUUCGGAUUUUCCCAGUUCCAAGCUCAGCUAGGAGGAAACAUCUUCGUGAAUGUCAUCCUUGGAGGUCUUCUGGGUGGUGUUUUAGGACCUCUCGCGUGCAUUAAAAUUGUCCACAAAUGUGGUAGACGACACACCAUUAUUUACACCCAGCUGAUUGCUGGAGUAGCUCUCCUAAUGAUAGCUUUAUUCCCUAGAGGCACUUUCAGCUAUGACUGGCCUAGAAUUCUCCUAGCCUUGACUGCAACGCUGUCUCUUUCGAUCACUUUCCCUGCACAGUAUCUGAUGAGCGGGGAAAUUUUUCCAACAGUUGUAAGAAAUAUGUGCAUCGGAACUGCCUCCAUGUUCGCAAGAUUAGGCUCCAUGAUUGCUCCAUUCACCUUAGAUCUGACUUAUUUAGGCCUGGGUCCUGAUCUACCUCUGAUAGUCUUCGGAAUAUUACCAAUUCUCUGCGCACUAACGAUAAUACCUCUUCCAGAAACCAAAGACUUAAAGUUACCUGACACAAUCGUAGCAGAGGAGAAAGCAGCUCCAAACGCCGAGUCCAGUAAACACUGAAUGAAAUUGUCUUCACCUAUACGGUCUCAGGGAGUGACGAAUAAAUAUCAAAAACUCUGCCGGAAGGAUAUUUGUGGUCGUGGACUAAUCGAUCAAAAAUUUUAGUCGUGUACCUGAUUUGAUAUAAUUUUUAAUUCCGACCUUAUGUUCAAUACUCAUUUUUACACUUUCUGUCAGCGGGUUUUUUUCUCGAGAACUAAUGCAAAUAACUCAAAAGAGUGAAGCCCGACAUUUUGAAAAUUACAAAUGUAGUUGUGAGUUACCCGCUACCAAGUAAUCACUUGAUUCGUGAGCUAAGUGUAGUCUUAGUCUUUUCUGUUAUUCUGCUGUGCACUAAUGCUCAGAUAUUUUUGUAAAUAUACAUUCAUGUACAUAUCUUUA